AUGGAGCCGAAUCUCAAGUUGGUCCUGGAGGAGAUCCAGAAGUCGAAGGAGGAGUUCGGGCGUCGUUUCGACGAGCACAACGAGCAGUGGGAGCGGCGCUUCGCCGAUCUCGAGCUUAGCCGCUCCGCCCGCGACGCCGCCGUCGACAAACGCCUCGACUCCCUUGAGCUCGCUGGCGCCGACACGGCGUACACCAUCGGCCGCCGCGUCGCCGAUUUGGAGGCCGUCCGCCUCGAUGCCCUCCACGACGAGCGCGACGAGCGCGUCACCGCCCUCGAGGUGGCCGCCACGGACCUCAGUACCUGGCGCCCCGAGAUGGAGGCGCUCAUCGACGACCCGCGACUCGAGAUGCAGAAGCUCUCCUAG